GAAUAUCUCAUAUAUAUUAACCAUUCCUGAUAUUCAUUUUUCGGCAGAAUUAUACUGUAAUACGCAUACAAUGAUUUUCGACAGCUUAUUUAGUGACUUAGAUCAUUGCUUGGAUAAUAUUGAAAACGGGAAGCAAGAAUUGUCAGAUGUAUUGUUUCAGGUCAACAUAUUCAUUGAAAGGUUCGUAGAAUUACGCAAUGAUAUUAAGGCGUUAAGAAAACACGUUGUGGACAAUUGGCUGCAAUAUGAUGAACAAAAAUCAUACAUUGCAUCUUUAUUUGAUGAGUUGCACGAGUUAAGCGUGCAUACCAUAGAUUUGGGGAAAACAAUUGCAGCAAAAUCUGAUCUACUCGGCCGCAACGAUAGCAGUCAGUUAGAGAGAUUCAUCAAAUUUCAUGCUGUAGAGUCUCAUACGUUAUAUUCACGAAUUAACGACACUGUAUGUGAAUUAAGAACUUAUCAACGUAACUAUAAUAUCGGUUUGAUAAAACUUCAUGAUGCCCAAGAGGUGGCGUCAAAAUUACUAUCAGAUCUCUGCAAUAUCGAACAUAAUCUUGACAAAACACGAGAAAAGUUGGAAAAACAAACACUUUCCCACAAUGCUGUACUAGUAGACUUAGAUAUUGAAACGCAAAAAAAGUAUACAGAAGUUAAUUUGGUGAAGUCUUCUGUCACGAUAUCUUGUGAGGAUCUUCGAAGUUGUGAGGAGGAACUCAUAAUUUUAAAAAAUGAAAAGGAAAAGAUCGAACUAUUAUUCACUAAACACCAAAUAACUCUACAAACACUUAUUGAAGAAUCAAACAGCCUAUCUUCCACAAUUGCAUCGUGCAGGGCAACAUUUCUACAACUAACUGAUGAUUUCUCCGAAGCAAAGCAGUCGAACAUAAAACAACAGCAGAACAUCAUAGAUUUGAAAGGUGAAAAGUCGAAGGCAAUUGAUUACUGUGAAUCGUUAGCAUGUAAGGUGAAUGAUUUGUCAGGUUGCCUUAACUCAUACGAGAAAAAGAAAACAACCUUAGAAGAUAGUAUAAAAACUGCCGAAUCAAAGAAAAAUGAUUAUUCAAACGAUAUUACAACCAUGUCAUCUAUCAAUGAAAAUUUGACAGAGGAAACAACAAGUUUGCUUAACAUGGAAAAACAGUGGCUAUCAACGUUUGAAAAUAUACAAAAUAUGGUGGAAAAGAUUGAGCAAUUAGAAUCAAGUUGUAAUGAAUUGGACAUUGAGUUUUCCAGCAUUGAUGCUGAUGUAAAACGGUGGAAAGAGCAAAACAAUAUACUGGAGGUUAAUCGUCGAAAUGCAAAAAAGGCUGAGAAGGAAUUGGAAGCUUCCAGAUUAUCUUUAGAGGAGGCAGUUGACAAAGAUAAAGCAGAAUCACAAAAGAUAUCUGAUACACUUGAUGAACUUAAUAAGUCAAUAACCCAAUCGCGCAUCGUUCUUGAGGAUUUAAAAACGCAAUUUGAUACAGCACAAGGGGAACGGGAUUCACGCUUAUCUGGGCUGAAACAUCGCCAUAUGGAUGAAUACAAAGAGAAGCAAAGUGUUAAAAUAUGUGACAUAAAAGCUUCACUGAAACAGCAGCGAGAAACAAUAUUAGAGGGUAAGAGGGAAGAAUUAGAAGAGGCUUUGAAACAGUAUGCUGCUAAACUGGAUCAGGAAACAGUAGACCUUGAGCGAUCACGACGAGCGAAGUUGGAUGGAGAUGCUCGAUUAAUAAAACAGCUUCAGGGUGAACUUAACAAACUACGCAAUGGCAUGUGUCAUUAGUGUGUAAUGUCAUAGAAAUACAAUGUAAAGAAAGAAUCUA